AUUGAGUAUUGAAAACAAAUUAUAUAUGCUUUAGGAAGAGCCUUUAUUAAUUUUCGAAGGUCACGUUUUUUAACGUGAUGCAUUUUACAGAUAUACUGCUUUCCGAAGUUGCUGUUAGUGGGUUGGAGGGAAUCACACUAGAUCAACUUUGGAAUAAUCUCGAAGAUAGUAGAACUGGAUUUCCAUGGAAAAUUGACAAGUAUUCAAAGCAGUUUAUUUGGUCCACACUAAUAAAAAUGGAUAACAUAAAAUACUUCGCACUGCCUUGCUGUCUUACUCCACAAGAGACGUUUAGUCGUAUAGAUUGUCUGGUAGAGACGAAGGAUGGCACGUAUUACAAACUACCUGAAUCUCUUCCACGUGUUGAGUUUUUCCCAGUGGGGAAAGAUAACCACCUGGGAUCUUCCCGGUUCUACGAUGAACGAAAAGAUAUCACUGACGUUAUUUCCAAUGAUGCAGUUUUCAGAAUAUUAGAAAAUGUCGUGGAAAAGUGGGGUAACACUCUAGUUCUAGUAGCCUCACAGAAAGAAAGAAACAGAUUACUUUUUGGAAGUCCAAAUAUCCCCCGUGAUUUUUCUGCAGGUUUGUAUGUAAUGCUAGAAUCUAUUGCUAAACAAAAGUACAACGGAUUAUCCACAACUCAUCAUGAUGGUCUAUUGUCUUCUAGUCUGACCACUGGUACUAUAUGGUACAUGCGCCAAAAGCUGGAGAAAAUGGGUAUAAUCAAGUCUCAGCCUUAUUUGGCGAAAGUAGGCAAAAAGCCUGUGAUGCCCGGUUUACUACUGCACCAUCGUAAAUAUUAUUUGCAUUUUCCGUUCCCACCUGCAAUUUUCAUGGAAAGGAUAUCUCAGUUUUUGCUAAGUAAACCUGGGAACAAAUGUUUUGGAUUCGAGAUUCGCAAGUUAAUCGGACUUACUUCCAAAGGCAUAAAACGGACGUUGAGAUUUGGUGUGAAACAUGGUUGGCUAGAUGUUAUCAACACAAGUUUCAGAGAUGCCUGCUCUGUACUUCUUGGUAAGAGCGAGGAUGAUGUAGAUGAUGAUGAUAUGCUUAGUAUACUUCAUAAUACAAAUUGUCCAGUUGACCCACAUCAUCGGUAUCCUUGCAUGGUAAAUUUGGUAUCACUUAAAACACAAUUUCGCAUGGACUCAUGGAUAUCUGAAUGCGGUCAAGGUGAGAAUGCUUUUGGAUUCAAGAAAUGUAAAAAAGAAGAAUAUGAUGUUGACUCUGAUGAUGCGUUAGAUGAGGACCUUGAGGCUGUUGAUUUUCAAACAGAAUUAUCCUCAACAAAGCGUGAAAUUCCUGAUUAUAAUAUUACCGAAUUAAAAUUGGAAGAGCACCAGUCUGCUUCCACUGUAUGUGAUACUCAGACAUCUAUAAACACCUCUUCUUGUCUUCCACCACCCAACAAAUCUCAGUGUCUUGUCUACGCUAAAAGAUUACUUGCAUUUAUUCCUUCACUCAAUAUUGAUGAAUCUAUAACAGUCCAAAUAGUUCGUAUCCUCGCUUUGCGUGAACAUACAAUGGGUGAACUGUUAGCAAUAACAAAAACAAGUUUAUGCAAUAUUCGUCGCACUCUGAAAAGUCUGGUUACCAUCGGCGCGUUAAAAACAGUGAAACGGUCUAUGGAUUCCACUUUUGUUCUUUACUAUAGCCUAUUCACUGAUAAUGACAGAAUAGAAGCUCGGAAAAAUAAAUUAUCUAAGUCUUCAAGUUUACAAAUAUUACCAACAGUUCAAACACAAAGACAAAACCGUCGAGAAUUCGUCCUCAAUUAUUUGUCAAAAUAUCGUAUAAUUGCUUCUGAAUACUCACUGCGUCAGUUGAUAUGGGAUCAUGAACGUUCGAUUGGCUUAAAAAUUCGUAUGGACCGCAAAUCGUUACGUAGAAUUUUGGAUGAACUAAUUCAAUCAAAACUGGCUACCAUAAUCAAAACGAAAUCACUGAAAGGAGACGUUACUUUUAUUUGUCAACCGGAUGUCAAAGAAGAUGAUCCAUUAAUAUUAACAGCGAUUAAAAAUAUGGACUUAGCAGCUCUUCGUAAUUUGCCUGUACAGAAUGAGAAAUCUUCAUCUGUCAUAUUCAAUGCUGAUCAAGUUUCAAUGAUUGAAGGUGUUGAUCAUUUGUCAUCUGAGGCUAUGACUAUUGUGUUGCAUAAAAUGCCAGGAUUACCAAAGAUGCGUCGACGUUCAUUGAUUCAUGAGUAUUUAUUUUACAUAAUAUAUGGUCUGUCUACUAAAUCACGCCCUGUCAAACCUCAGACCAAAAGUGAACCUCCAGUCUAUUUGGAUGACGAUACGUGGCGUCGAUAUGUAGCGCCUUUAGAUCCAAUGAAAGAUAUGAAUAGGGGUUGGUUUCUAAUUGGUGACGUUUUACGUGGUAUACCGUUUGGUUUAUAUUUAAGACUUACAAUUACUACUUCAUUACCACGUAUAUUAUGUCGAUGGCUUAAACUUGAUCAUUUAUUAACUAAUUUAACCCAAGAAGAAAUUGAACAUUUGGAUUCAGAAUUGGCACGUUUUCAUCAUACUAACAUGUUAUAUCAAAAAGAUAUUCCACCUAAAGAAUUGUUACGAUAUCCUUUAAGAUAUGUUGAAUUACCAGGUGGAUCAAGAGGCCCUCUUAAUGAUUGGUUAUUAUCUGCUAAGAAACUAAGAUCAUUAUGCUCAAUAAUUGAAGAUAUCUCUGGUGUUACUGGUUUAAUCUCUAUGCAAAAGAAAACUACUUCACAAGCUAAAACAAGUAUGCUUGGUUUUCUUCAUCGUCAAGCAAGUUUGCUUGACACACGUUUUGCUAUGCCAGCCUAUCAAAUUUUUACUAAUUUGUCACAGACAAAUGUAAUACACUUUGAUUUUCAAUCCUCCAUAGAUGUUGCUAGUUAUUGGUUAACAAGUGAAACGAUUUCACGCAGUUCUCCCCUUGGCCAUAAUUCAGUUAAGGAUGAAAUAGAUUCGGAACAUGUACCACCAAUAGUACCAAAAGUUUCUUUCGAACCUAUAGAUGAUGGUUCUUUGAUUAUUCCACAAUGGCCGGAAGAUAUUAUGUCUAAGUUUAGGACUGUUUUAGCUGAUGGUACAGAAGUAUUUCCUUGUGGUGUCUGUGGAUAUCAUCCAGCUGACUGUACUUAUAAUGUACGGAAUUGGGGUGCUACACGUCACAAUAAAUCGAAACGCAAAGGAGAUUUAGACGGAAUUUUAAAUCUUUUGGAUGAAUUAACUGGCUUAGACGAUGCUUAUGGUUUCGUUACUCCAAGUGAUGAACUUUUCUGGCGUUGGUUUCCUAGUUUAUUUGCUGAUCUCAAUGUACCUUCUGUUUUACAACCAGUGAAUACACCACAACCAAUACGUAAACAGUCUAAUAACACCCGUUAUUCACGGAAUAUUCGUUUUCGUUUCUGUGAGAAAGAUAUGAAUAAGAAGAAUGAUCUGCAAGAAGACAAUCGUUUAACUCAUGAUAAACAAAGGAUAGAAGUUCGCGAUACUGAUAGCAUCUUAAAAGAUAUAUGUCAGCAAAAUGCUCUAGAUGCAUCAGGAGAUAUUGGGAGUAUAAGUCAACACUUAUCAUCAUCUGAAAAUAAAGAAAAUGUAAUCAAUGGAUACUCUUCACAAGUAUCGUCUAAUUUCGCUCUUCGUAAAACAGUUGUGGUACGUCGAAUACGUGGAAUUUUGAAACAACGUAAAAAAAAACCGAGUUAUGCUCAAUCAGGUCCUUACGAUUUGUAUCUUCGUGCUCCUCGUUGUACCUGGUCUAAAUUGGAAGAUCGUUUGUUAGUGACCUGUAGAGUGGCAUCUUUGUUGAUCGCUGGAGAAAAUCGUAGAGAAUAUGUUAGUGCACCUUAUACAUUUGUUCGUGAUGUACUGUAUCGUUAUGUCCCUCAGUUGCACUGCUUAAAAACUCCUGUAACUUGUGCCAGGCGACUUAAAAAUCUUUUGUUAAGCAAAGGACCUGAAUGGGUAUCAGGCAAAUUACUUUUCACACGUGUUUCUAGUCGACCGGACUGGCAGUUAAAGUAUAAUCUUGGAAGAGAGAAAUGGCGUAUUAUGUGUAAAGAAGAAAUAGAGAAGGCAAGAAUUAUCUUUUUAGAAUUAGUGCAUAAUAUUUUGAGCACGUUUAUGCCACAAAUUCUAGUGAAAUUGACUAGUUUAAAUGUAAAACGUGGAAUUCGUUCACCUGACAAUUUUGAAAAUCUGACUAAUCAAGGAGUAGAUAAAUCCCUAUCAAUUGGAUCUAGUCGAUCGGAAUUGGAGUCUUGCUAUGAAUUGAUACAUUUAUAUGAUUCAAGUGAUCAAAAUGUGUUACCCGAAGUUGGAGAUGAUCGUCUCUUGAUUGUACUGUAUACAAUGUAUAACUAUAUUCUUGCCUCUUUUCGAUUCUCAUCUAAUCCAUCGAACUCAUCAGAUUUCAAUGAAUCUGUAUUUUUUUGGGUUAUUAAAUAUUAUCCAAAACCACAAGUUAAUCAUGCUUUAGCAUUACUGAUGAAAAAUCAUAUUGUAAAACGUCCUAAAUCAUAUGAAAAAAAAUCUGAUCCAGGUUUUCGUAUUGUCAAUUCUGUUUGUAUUGCUCUUAGUCAUAGAUUUUCACGUUGGACACAUGGUGAAUUUUUUACCCAAGUUAAAUAUAUUCCAGAAUCUUAUUCAAUUUGGACUAGUUCUGUUAACCAUUUGAAUUUAUACAAGAGUGGUAAUGACCGUAAUGCAGUUCACAACAAAACAAGGAGAAAAACUCGUUCAAGUGUACAGACAGAAGAAGAAGAGGGAGAGGAAAGCAUCACUAACAGUAAACCACCAGAACUAGAAAAAAUAAUUCAUAGACAUUUAUUUUCUGAAAUUUCAACCGGUGGUUGUGUAGCUUUCUUUUUGGAACAAUUCUUAUUUUAUCCAUUUGUUGAUGUUCAAGUAUCCAUCAAAGUGGAAGAUAUAAUUUUAGUUGGUAGUGGUCAAACAUAUUCAGAUGAUACUGUUGACUUACUACCAUUACAAACAUCAAUAACACAAAACUCCUCAGUUCAAAUCAAAUCAACUGAAUUACGCAAAGAUUUAUUAUAUCGCAUGGGUGUAUCUAAUGAAAUUCUAAACGAUCCAUUGUUUGUUGGUGAUUAUAAUUCUAUGCGACAUUCACGUUGGUUCGAUCACCAUUUAUCAUUUAACGGUGGUUAUAUUCAAGCAGUUUUAACAAAUAAUAAUAAUAUGGAAAAUGACAAUUGGAAUUUGCCGAAAUUGUCAAAAUCUCUUGCAAACUCAUUAAAGCCAUUAGUUAAAAAGACUAGUAAAUCACUAGUUUUUCAAAUGCCUGAUUUUGGUGUGAAUUCCUUAAACGGUGGUAAUCUAAUUGGUGACGAAAAUGAAAUCAAUGUGGAUAUGGAUGUCAAAUUAGAAGAUAGUAUAUCAUAUCGCCUUGAAGAAUAUAUUCAAACAGGUCGAUUUAGUGGUCGCUCUGUUAUGGAAAUUAAACAAAAUAUUGGUGAUCGAAGCAAUGUUUCAAGUGCAUUACAAAAUCUAUUGGAUUCUCGUGUGGUAUUCAAUGUUGGCAGUAUUUAUUCUCGAUUUGUUCAUCAUAAAUUUAUACGUCUUUGGCUUGUUCAUUUAAAACCGAAUAUGAAUCUUCGUUCUAAUGUUGUUAUCCGAAAUUCUGCACAAUUAACUAAGGAUAAUAAACUGGAAUCUACUCAUCCACCAAAGCGACCUAAAUUAGAUUCAACAGUGCCCGAUAACAGUGAGAACCAAACUGAUCCCAAUACCUCAGUUAAGGACCCUUCCAAUAUGGACACUGUCCCUACAGGUUAUUUCUUCCCACAACCUUGGUUCUCUGAAAUUGGAUCACCUAAACCAAGAUUGUUCUGUGAUGUCUUACGAAGUUUAUGUGCUCAACUUUCUAACUGUGGUGGAACCACACUGGCAUUAUUCGCUCAACAGCAUCAAACUUUAUUUGGUCAGCAGGCAAUUCGUCAAUUAUUAUACCAUCUACGAGAUAUGGGAGCCAUUCGUAUGGUUCGUGUAUUCACGAAAUCAAAACCAUGUUUGUUUUCUGAUAGAGUAACAUACACUAUUUCAGAUGACAUACUUUUGGCAUCACCUGAAGAAUUAACACUAAUACCUGAACCAAAUUACGUAACAAUUAUUGGAACAUUCACGGAUAUGUAUUUACAACAGAAUAAUAUUACCAGUGUUAGAAGCAGUAACAGUGACCACAACACUGGUUGAAACAGCCAGUUGACAUAAAUGAAAAGUUAUCCCACCUGAACUUGUAAAUAAACACAUAAAUAUCAAUAUCUGUGCAUGAUUCACAGAAAUAAAAUUGCAUUUACUGAUAAUACUGCUGAUAAUGGUAGUAUGUAGAAUCUAUCAGUUGGCCUUUUCUUGAAGCAUAAAUUAAAUAUCUGUAUACAUCGGUGAUAACAAUACUUCAUAUCGCUUUUAUACACAGGAAUGUGAUGAUUAUUAACUUUGUUUAAGUACAGUAGCCCCAAAAAAGGAUUGUAUGUAUAUAUAUGUACAAAUAUCUUUUGUGUCACUAAAUAUUUAUUUUAAUUAGCAUCUAAUUUAUUAUUUCUUGUCGCAUGUAUAUAUCUUCAUACUUGGUUUUUUUGCUAUGAUAACAUUACUUAAGUAAAAUGAAACUGUUCCUUUUAUUUCCUUUUCAUUAUUAUUAUUUUUGUUCACUUGUGUAGUUGUUUUCUCUCUGAGUGUAAAUUCAGUUUUGUUCCUUCAAUUCUUUUUGUGUUAGCUUUUUUUAAUAGUUUUUAUGAUUUGCACAACGAUCGUCGGGAAGUGGGUUUUCAGUCCUUUUCAUUAUGUAAAUUAUUAUAUAUAAAUAUAUAUAUAUAUAUAUGUAUA